AUGGAGGCACCCGCCGCCGGAGCCAGCGUCAUCGGCGUGAUAUCCCUGGCACUCCAGCCCGCGGACAGCGCAAUCAAACUCGACAGUUUUAUCGACACGAUCAUGUACUCGAACAUCAAAGGCGCGCACAAGGCGGUUUACAACUAUCUAGCGGCAGAAGGGACUUUUUUUGAAAGAUCGAGGACAUACUGGCGCUCGUUUCCAGUGGGAAUGCCAGAGCGGAAGGGGUAA